CCAGGGGUUUCCUCGUUAGCUACUGUUCAUUUCCUUUAUAUAGCCCUGUCCUGGGGCUUCGAUUUAUCUGAAAGUCCACCAGACUGGACAGAUCUCAGAGGAGCCCAUCCAGCUGAACAAAACACUGCAGAACUGCUGCCUAAUUCACAGCAACCAUGAGUAAGAAUGCUGAUGAGGAUCAGAUCAAGGAUAGGCUGGAACAGCUGAGAUGUCACUUUACAUGGGAGUUGGUCAUUAUAGACACAGAAAUACCGGAUUUAGAAACCAGAGUCUUGGAGGAGAUUAAGUUCCUAGACACCAAAUACAAGGUGGGAAUAUAUAACCUACUGGCCUACGUGAAACACCUGGGAGGCCAGAAUGAGGAAGCCCUGAAGAGCCUGAAAGAAGCUGAGGACUCAACCCAGCAAGAAGAUGGCGGCCAAUCAGACGUGAGAAGCCUGGUUACCUGGGGCAACUAUGCCUGGCUGUAUUACCGAAUGGGCCAACAGGCAGAAGCCCAGAUUUACCUGGACAAGGUGAAGAACACUUGCAGGAAGCUUGCAAAUCCCUCCAGCUACAGAAUGGAGUGUCCUCAGAUGGACUGUGAGGAAGGAUGGGCCUUGCUGAAAUGUGGAGGAAAGAAUUAUGAACGAGCCAAAGUCUGCUUUGAAAAGGCUCUGGCAGUGGAGCCUGAAAACCCCGAAUUCAGCACUGGGUAUGCCAUCACUGUCUAUCGCCUGGACGGCUUUAACAGACCACAACAUUUCAGUGAAUUCUGUCUGAACGCCCUAAAACAAGCUGUCAGGCUAAAUCCAAAAGAUGCAUAUAUUAAGGCUCUCCUUGCCCUGAAGCUUCAAGAUGCGGGACAAGAAGCUGCAGGAGAAGAGUACAUUAAAGAAGCACUGACCAGCACCUCCUCAGAGAUCUAUGUCUUUCGACAUGCCGCCAAGUUUUACCGAAGGAAAGGCUCUCUGGAUGAUGCUCUUAAGUUCUCAGAAUUGGCCUUAAGUGGAACACCCUCCUCUGCCUUCCUGCAUCACCAGAUAGGGCUUUGCUACAAGUCAAAAAUGAUCCAAAUAAAGAAAGCUGCAAAAAACUGGCAGCCUAAAGGACAGGAUAAGGAAAACUUCAACAGACAAAUAAACUUAGCCAAACAUCAUUUUGAACUUGCUGUGAAACAAAAGCCCACAUUUGAGAUUGCUUAUAUAAACCUGGCAGAAACGUAUGCAGAAGCAGGUGAGUACAGAAAAGCUGAAGAUGCUUUUCAAAAAGUGUUAUCCUUGAAAACACUCGACGAAGACAUGCUGCAACAAGUACAUUCCCACUACGGCCGAUUUCUGGAAUUUCAUAAAAAAUCUGAAGUUGAUGCAAUCAGCCAUUAUUUAAAAGCAGUGAAAAUAGAAAAGGCAUCAUUUGAAAGGAACAAAAGCAUCACUGCUUUGGGGAAACUGGCUUCAAAGAAACUUCGAAGAAACGCAUCAGAUAUAGAAAGCUUGAGCAUCCUUGGGCUCACCCACAAAUUGAAAGGAGAAAUGAAUGAAGCUCUGGAGUAUUAUGAGCAGGCCCUGAGGCUGGCUCUUGACUCAGAGAACUCUGUGGGACAUGUUCUCUAGGCACUGAAAUAUGGACCACUCUCACAUUUCAUUUGAUUUUAGGUCAAUAUGUCUAGUCAUCUUCUCUGCUUGCUGCUUUCAGAAACAUAUUAUGUAAUUCAGUGUAAUGAUGUAAUUUUUGAACAAUUACUCAAAGCUGAUAAAACAUUAGUUGUAUUCAGGAAAUAGUGAAACAGAAUAUAUGUGUCUGUGUGCAAGAGAGAGAGAGGAAGAGAGAGAACUCUUUCUCUGUGACUGUUAUAUAGUAGGAGAAACAGCUUGUUGAGUAGAUUUAUAGCAAAUAAAGCACUGGACUUAACAGAAAAUAAAAUGUUUAAUUCACUCA